AUGAACCCGUCGGCCGGCAGCUUCUCUCAAACCACAGCCACAGAUAUGGAUGAACGUGAAGAACAUGGCAUAGAAACUCCAUCAAAUGACACAGAUUUACAACCAAGUCUUCCUCCACGUGCACCGUCAACAUUAGGUAAACGAAAAUCUAGUAGAUUAGCUUCAUAUGUUUGGGAUCACUUUACGCUUUUGGGAUCAAGGGAUGAUCCAGAUGUUAGGUGUAAAUGUAACUACUGUGAGGUAGAUUAUGCUUGUGGCACUAAGAAGUGUGGUACUAGCACAUUGAGCAAUCAUUUGACAAAUCAAUGUAAGAAGUAUCCUGGUAGAUUGGUGGAUAAGAAGCAAAAAAUCCUUUCUUUUGAGACCAAAAAAGAGGGGAGUGGGAGUAAUCUUGUUGCUGUUGGUCAAAGUAAAGAAGAGUGUAGAGUUGCAUGUGCUAAGAUGGUUGUAUUGGAUGAAUUACCUUUUAGGUUUGUUGAAGGUCGGGGCUUUAGGUUCUUUUGUAGUGUAGCAUGUCCUCAAUUUCGGGCUCCAUCUCGGAGGACUCUCAUGAGAGACAUCUAUCAAUUGUAUUUAGAUGAAAAAUUGAAAUUGAGAGAUAUCUUUUCUUUUCACCGUCAAAGGGUUUCCCUUACAACCGAUACUUGGACUUCCAUUCAAAAUGUUAAUUACAUGUCUCUUACAGCACAUUUUAUUGAUUCUGAUUGGACUCUUAAUAAGCGUAUUUUGAGUUUUUGUGUUGUUCCAAAUCACAAGGGAGAAACGAUUGGGAAAAUGAUUGAGACUUGUUUACAAGAUUGGGGAAUUGAGAAAGUUUUUACAAUCACUGUUGACAAUGCAAGCUCUAAUGAUGUGGAUAUUGCUUAUCUUAGGAGGAAAUUGAUUGCUUGA